AUGUCAUCCUCCCCCGUCCCCGCCGCCGCCGUCACCACAUCCCCCAAACCCCGCGAACCCGGCCACCCAAUCCCCCGAUUCACCGUCGACCUCUCCCAACCCCCGCACACCCGCUACGCCCACAUCGCCCCGCACUUCCGCGCCUCUCGGGGCCCCCGCCUCGGCUCCCUCUUACGAUCCCUCGCCCGCCUCCUCUUACGCCGCGUCUACUGCCCCCGGGAGACCGCCGAGCUGCGCGGCAUCUCCGCCGCCUCGGGCGUGCCUCUCCACCUCCUCGUCGCCUUCAACGUCUUGCUCGACGUGUUGCUCGGAUGCACCAGCGGCGGCAUGCGCGUAGCCUCGGGCCUCCCGCACAUUCACAACAACCCUACCAACGACAGCAACGGCAACGACGACGACGACGACGACGAUGAUUCUCGCAUCGUCCACCUCCGUACCCUGGACUGGGGCAUGGACCCCAUCCGCGCCCUCACCGUUGAACUCGACUUCGUCCGCCACCCAGGCGGGCCCGUCGUCGCCAGCACCGUCACCUACUUUGGCUACGUCGGCGUCCUCACAGGCGUCCGCAAGGGCCUGAGCCUCAGCCUCAACUUCCGCCCCAGGCACGACGUCUCCACCCCUUGGAAACGCCUCGCCUUCCGCUGGCACCAAGCCAUGGUCGUCCUCGGUUUCCGGCGCUCCAUCUCCAGCGUCCUCCGCCGCCUUCUCUUCGACGACGACGACGACGACGACGGCGACGACGACGACAAAGAGUCCGAGGGUUCACCUCCCGGCCUCUCCGAAUCCAAAGUCGCCGACGCCGACCACCUCUCCGGCACCCUCCACACCUCCCCCACCUUCCUCGCCGCCUACAACCACGACCGCGCCGACGAGGACCACCCGGACCGCCUCACCGACAUCGCCCACCACCUGGCCGAUGCCAAGCCUUCCUGCGCCAUGGCCGACCUCGUCACCUAUUCUCUCGAGCGCAAGGCCCGCCUCGACGCCCUCUGGACCGCGAGCGCCAACCCUGGCUCCGCGUCUCGCUCUCAGCGUAGCCGUCCCCGCGGCAGGGACAUGCCCCCUCGCGCGGCGACGGGCACAGUGACCUUGGCCGACGUCCUGAGGCUCAUCAAGGAUCCGGAAAUUAGAAACGACGAGACGCAUUAUGCCGCCGUGAUGGAUCCCGCAACGGGCGAAAUCCUGUGGAGUCGGGCAUACGACGUUGACGACUUUCCUUAG